AUGGGCGAUUUCAAUGAUGUGGUUAGUGAAGAAGAAAAAAUGGGGGGGAAUGGAAUCUGUAGAAGAAGGGUGAUUGAGUAUACUAGCUGUAUGGAUUUUUGUAACCUUUUUGAUUUGGAGUUCACGGGCCCAAAAUUUUCCUGGACUAAUAAAAGAGAUCUUCCCGGUUUAAUUCAAGGGAGAUUGGACAGGGCGUGGGCUAACCCGGACUGGAAGGCGUGCUACCCUGAAGCCUUAGUGAAACACCUAGCGCGAAUUAACUCCGACCAUUGUCCUUUACUUCUAUCAUUAGAUAACCCACCCAAUGGUUUAGGUGAUAGGCCAUUUCGCUUUCAACUGAUAUGGCUUAGUCACGAUGGCUUCCCUCCUAUUGUUAGAGAUGUGUGGGAUGGAAACCAACACAAUGUCACUGAAGCAAUUAGCACAUUUACUCGAAAAGCCAAAUCAUGGAAUAGGAAGGAAUUUGGGAACAUUUUUUGGAAGAAGAGGAAUUUAGUGGCGAGACUAACAGGGGUGGAAAAGGCCAUGGCUCGUAACUCAGGCCAUGGCUGA